GAACAUUUAAUAGGUUGAACUGUGUUUGUUUUUAUUCGCGUAGUUACCCUUACGGAUUCGUUGGAAAUUGCUUCGAGAACUCACGUGAAGAAAAGAUGGCUGCUCGUGCAUUCAGAAAGUUCGCUCCUCUCUUUGACCGCGUUCUUGUCCAGCGCUUCGAAGCUGAGACAAAAAGCAAAGGUGGCAUCAUGCUUCCAGAAAAGUCAAAGGGCAAAGUUCUUGAAGGGACGGUAGUUGCACAUGGUCCGGGUGUUAAGAAUGAGAAAGGUGAAAUAAUCCCCAUGUGUGUCACUGUUGGUGACAAAGUUUUCCUUCCUGAGUAUGGUGGAACUAAAGUUGUUUUGGAAGAUAACGAAUACUUUCUGUUUCGGGAAUCUGACAUAUUGGCCAAGUUCGAGAACUGACCGACCCCACUGUCUUAGUCUCCCUUCCAUUGUACACUAACUACUGAAAUUACAUAGCUUUCAUUUCCAA